UAAAAAAACAAACAAAUGGGCCUUUUUGUAAUAGCUAUGAAAUUGACACCACCAUGUUUACAAUCUCUCUCACCUGUGUUCUCCCAUGAGUUGUUGGCUCCACUUCCUCGCUUCAGUCCGUUUCACUUCAUAUUCAGAAAAAGCCGCGGGGUGGGUUACAGAAGCAGCUACUGCAAAAAUAUGAACAAUGAAGGUGAUAUUAUGGAGCAUGUUGUGUUUGAUGGUGCUCAAGUAAUGGUGGGAAACCCUCAUUUGCUCCAGACCAAAAUAUCCUCUACCCGAAUCGAUGGCCCUUCGAAACUUCAGGUUAUUGCAGAUUUUGAUGCUACGCUAACAAAGUAUUGGAUCGAUGGUCAACGAGGGCAUAGCAGUCAUGGCCUUCUUCAACAAGGGAAUGCUGAGUUUGAUCUCAAGAGGCAGAAAUUAUACGACUAUUAUCAUCCACUAGAAAUCGACCCGACGAUUCCGCUCGAUGAGAAAGCAAAACUUAUGGAGGAAUGGUGGGAGAAAACGCAUGCUCUUCUAAUUGAGGGAGGACUCAGCUAUGGUGCAAUAAAGAGCUCAGUGGCUAAUUCGAGGAUCGCAUUCAGAGAGGGCGUUACUGAACUCUUUGAACUAUUGGAGAGAAGUAAUGUUCCUGUCCUUAUAUUUUCUGCUGGCCUGGCAGAUAUUAUUGAAGAGGUGCUGAGGCAGAAACUUCAUAGAUCCUUUAAGAACGUUAGAAUUGUAUCCAACCGAAUGGUUUUUGACCAGAAUGGGGACCUUGUAUCGUUUAAAGGAAAAACAAUUCACGUAUUGAAUAAGAAUGAGCAUGCGCUUGACAUGGCUGGACCUCUUCAUGAUCAGCUAGGCGAUGCCAAUGGAUUGACGGGGGAUGUUUUCUCUGUGAAAACGAGAACUAAUGUGCUACUUCUCGGUGAUCACAUUGGAGAUCUGGGAAUGUCUGAUGGUUUGAAUUACAAUACAAGAAUAUCAGUCGGAUUCCUGAAUGACAACAUCGAGAGUUCCAGUGACAGCUACCGCAGUGCCUUUGAUGUUGUGUAUAUGAACGAUGCAGCCAUGUGGGGAGUUGUGAAGCUUGCCUCUCAGCUUUGUUCAACUUUAGACGAUUAAGUGGAAUCCUACCACAGAUCCCUUAUUUUUUCGGAUGUGAAAUUACUGAAAAGAGUCGAGCCAGAACUCUGCCGAUUUUGAUCCAGUGAAAUUACUGUAAAAUUAGCUUCAACCGUAUGGUUCGAAAUGAAGAUCAUUUUUUUUCUCUCAUUUAGUUACUCUGAUUACCAAUCACUCACGAGCUCGCUCGUAAAAUCAUUCGAAUGCCAAUUUGUUGCAACAGAACAGAACAUUUACUGUCUUUAUACUACAGAGGAAGAAAAGCGUACUACAUUUA